AUGACACAUCCAACCAAACCCCAGACGGUUAUGAAGGCCGGAUGUGAAGAAACACACGUUGACGACAGAGGAGUGUUCGGUGCCUACAUACUAAAAAGCAGUCACCCAGCUUUGUGUGCAUUAUCAAACUUGUUUGACGAAACGAUCACUCCUCCCGAAGCAAGCCCAAACGAGCUCGAAGAUGAUGUGGAUUUUAUUGUCCAACAUUUCGCGCCCAUAUGUAGCCAGGCGCCUGCGGAGUUUAACUUGUAUCACAACCAGAUAUGUGGUGCCUGGGUCGAGAUGCUUCCGCUUGUCGUUGAGCCUGCAAAGAACAGCCCAUUCCUCUAUUCCGCAAUCAGGACAAUGGCAACAGCCUUGAGGAACCGUGCAUCCGCAACCAGAGGAAACGAAUCUCACAUACUUCUGAUGUACGGUGAAUCUCUUCGCCGGGUGGGCAAAGCGCUCGAAGAAGCCAAGGGUGUCUUCCAGCAUGAACAUUGUGUCGCGAUAUUAUGCCUAUCAGCAACGAAUAUUGUGGUACCGCAAGCAAGAUCUGAUUGGGCGACGCAUGCAAAGGGUGUCGGAGCCAUGAUCGAACGGCUCGGGCCGAAGCCGUUUAGCACUGGUAUCCUGCACACGCUCUUCGUUGGCUUCCGGCCUCUUCUGCUGAUCAGUUCAAUCCACCAACGACGAAAGACAUUUCUUGCUCAAGACGACUGGGUUACCACACCCUUCGAAACAGUACCCAUAUCGAUCAUGCAACAGCUCCUUAACAAAGCUACCCAACUUCCCGCUCUUCUAGAAAGAUUCGACAGUCUGGAAGACCGCUCCAGCCCAUCCAAUGUGGUCGCGAUGCAACGACUACGUGAUGACUUCUUGUAUAUGAUCAAAAGCCUCAAAGAUUGGGAGCUCUCAUCCAAAACGCAGGCCAAAUUCUCUCUGGUCUGGCCUAAACCCAAUUCCCCUGACGCAGAGUCCUCAGAUAGGAAGCCGCUGUGGUUCGCCAAUGUUCUGGUUGCUAGCAGCCUGACUCAUUGUUGGGCUUUCGAGAUCGUCGCAAGACAACAUGUGGAUGGCAUAGAAGAGUCGAUAGCCGAGAUCAAAGGUUGCAACGUCAAAGCGGUUCCUCGGCGCUCCGACUCUGCAAGCGAUAAAGACGAAAAUCAGGUCUCGAUUCUGGCGGAGAAGAUCUGCGAUAGCAUGCCCUACUUCCUGCAACCGGAAUUGAAGCUAUAUGGACCCGCCUCUACCUUUUUCACGUUCUUGACAGCCAUGAAGGUCUUCAAACACAAGAAGACUUACUGCGCGUCUCGACUCUCCCGCUGCCAACAGCAUUUCUGGCACGCUGUCAUAUGUCUCAAGAUUGGUACCAUCCACAACAGCAAUAACGAAUACUUUGCAAACCCACUCAACAUGUCCACACAACUCAAGCUCCUCGCCAACUACGGCGUAACAGGCUUCCUAUUAUCUACUGGUCUCUUCGCUCUGCUCGCACCUACCACAUUCGCUGCCGGUUUUGGCAUGCCCGUUCCAGCCGACUCAUUCGCAUCCGGUUUCGUUCAAUGCGUGGGUGGUCGCAACCUCACUUUUGGUAUCAUCGCAGCAAUCUUCUUGCAGCGAGGAGACGUGAGAGCUGUCUCACUGAUGGCGACGAUGUUGGCGGUGGAUGGAGUCGUGGAUGGGUUGGUCACGAUGAAGCAUGCCGGGAUGGGGUUUGCGUUGCCGCAUUUCGGGGCGGCGGCGAUCAUCCCGUUCAUAAGUUCAUGGAUGGCUAGUUGA